AUGUCUUCAGAUAUUCAGACAGUUGCAGCUCUACUCCAAGCUACUUUGGACCCUAGGCAGCAUAAACAAGCUGAAGCAGCUCUGAAAGUCGAGCAGGGCAAACCUGGAUUUUCUCUCCUCCUACUCAACAUCGUUGCGGCAGAUAAUCUUCCAGUUAAUACCAGACUCUCGGGAGCUUUAUGCUUUAAGAACUUCAUCAAGUACAACUAUGUGGACGAAGAGAGAAACUACAAGCUUCCGCAAAAUGAAGUUUUUACGAUAAAGACUGAGUUGAUUGGGCUCAUGGUCUCGGUCCCAAACAGUAUACAAGCCCAGCUUGGAGAAGCUAUUAGUAUAAUCGCGGAGUCGGACUUCUGGGAUAGAUGGGAUACAUUGGUGGAUGACCUGGUCUCGCGCCUCACUCGCGAUAAUGCUAAGAUCAAUAAUGGUGUACUGGAAGUUGCGCAUUCGAUAUUCAAGCGAUGGAGACCACUGUUUGCCUCGGAUGCUCUAUACACAGAAGUCAACCACGUACUAUCAAAAUUUGGACAACCUUUCGUCCAGCUUCUAGCUAGCACCGACCAGCAAAUACAAGCUAAUAAGGAUAAUAAGGAGGUUUUGAAGCAACAUUUCGAAACGAUGAAUCUUUUGAUGAAGGUUUUUUUUGAUCUUUCGUGCCAAGAUCUCCCUCCUAUCUUUGAGGACAAUAUCGAAGACCUAUCUAAACUUCUGCACAAGUACUUGACGUAUGAAAACCCUCUCUUAGCGACAGACGAUGAUUCGGAAUCAGGACCUCUCGAAUUUGUGAAAGCCGGGAUAUGUGAGGUUUCAACACUUUACAUGCAGAAAUACGAAGACGCAUUCGGUAGUCUUUGUGAGCCCUUCAUCACAAGCGCUUGGAGUCUAUUGACAACUAUUGGCCCCGAGACGAAAUUCGACAUACUGGUUAGCAAGGCAUUGCAUUUCCUGACCGCUGUUGCAAGUCUCGACAAGCAUGCUCAAAAUUUCAACAACGGCGAUAUCUUGAGUCAGGUGGUCGAAAAGGUCAUCUUGCCCAAUGUAAGCCUGAGGGAAACCGACAUUGAACAAUUCGAGGAUGAGCCUAUCGAGUACAUCCGAAGAGAUCUGGAAGGCUCAGACGCUGAUACCAGACGACGAGCAGCAACAGACUUUUUGCGCAAGCUUUUGGAGAAGUUUGAGCCACUUGUGACGGAUGUCGUUGGCCGAUACAUUAAACACUACCUCGACCAAUUCUCGCAAAACGGUAGUGAUCAUUGGAAAUCUAAAGAUACUGCUGUAUACUUGUUUUCUGCUAUCGCAGCGAAGGGUGUCAUCACUGCUGGACAAGGUGUUAAAACUACUAACCCCUUGGUGGAUGUUGUCGACUUUUUCCAGCAAAACAUUGCAAAUGAUCUUCUGGCGGAAACUAAUGUGGAGCCAAUCUUGAAAGUGGAUGCUAUCAAGUUCCUUUACACGUUCCGUAGUCAACUAACGAAAGAUCAAUGGAAAGCCGCAUUCGAACCUUUGGUUAAGAAUUUAGGAUCCUCAAAUUAUGUGGUAUACACUUAUGCCGCAAUCACGGUGGAAAGAGUUUUGUUUCUCACAAACGAUGCAAACCAGCAUAUCUUUGGCAAGGAAGACGUAUUACCGCUUGCUGAAAGUUUGUUGGAUCACUUGUUCCAUUUGAUCGAAAAGGACGCUGCACCGGAAAAAAUCCAAGAGAACGAGUUCCUUAUGCGUUGUGUUAUGAGGGUGCUCAUUGUCAUCAAGGACGGCGUUAUUCCAAUAGCAGAUAAAGUUUUGCAACACUUGAUCAAGAUCACUCAAGUUAUUGGCCAAAAUCCUAGUAACCCCCGCUUCUACUACUAUCACUUUGAGGCCUUUGGUGCUUUGAUUAGAUGGUCCGCACCUUCACAACCCGAUAAGCUUGAGAAUGACCUGUAUCCAACAUUUGCUGGUAUUCUCUCCAGUGAUGUUCAAGAAUUCAUGCCUUACGUCUUCCAGUUAUUCGCCGCUCUUCUGGAAGCUAACCCAUCCACAACACUUUCUGACUACUACAGAAAUUUGAUCACCCCUAUUCUAAGUCCUACUCUUUGGGAAUCCCGUGGAAAUGUGCCAGCACUCACCAGGUUACUUUCUGCAAUGAUCCCUAAAUGCGCUGCUGAACUUGUAGCGAACAACCAACUAGAGCCAAUUCUUGGUAUUUUUCAGAAACUAAUGGCCGGGAAAUCAAGGACCGAAUUACAGAGUUUCGAUGUCUUGGAAGCUUUGAUUAUAUCUUGCAACGUCACUGCCAUCGAGCAAUACUUCCCCACGAUCUUGAACAUCAUGUUCACGCGUCUUAACAGCAACCCUCCGGAAGCCUUCAAGCGUCGCUUCGUCCGCUUCUACCACCUUAUCUCAUCUAAAGAUCAGCAAGGCCUUGGGGCAGAUUUCUUCAUAAAGCAAUCAGACGCGGUGCAAAACACCGUAUUUGUGCCUCUUUACUUGACCAUCAUUCUACCAAUUACCCAGCAAUUCCCUCGACCACUAGACCGCAAGAUAGCCGUCAUUUCUUUGACAAAGACCCUGACCGAUUCACAAGCAUUCGCUGUCAAAUAUAAGAGGGGUUGGUCCAAGACUUGUGAGGCUCUACUCAAGUUGUUGGAAAAUCCACCACUACCCGUCACAACAGAUGAUGUAGUCGCUGAAGCGGACGUUGAUGAUCUUAGCUUCGGAGUCGGCUUCACACAACUUAACACUUGCAAGAAGGUGGCGGAUGACGAAUGGCCAGAGAUCACGGAUGUAAAGCUUUGGGUGGGGUCAUAUCUCAGAGAUGCAAAUGCACGACACGACCGAGCAAUCUCGGGUUUCGUCAACGAAAGAUUAAAUUCCGAAGCCAGAAGUCUUCUGGUUGAAUAUAUGCAGUAG